AUGCCUUUACAUCGUCAGGAGGAGGAGAGAAGGCCUGUUACGCCAAAUUCAUGGGUCAAUCAGCAUGUUGAACCUCAAUUACCCUCUAGUCCUUCUCUGGCCGCUUCAGUGGGCUUGAGCUCGUCCGGAGAUGGCAUCACAAAUCCUGGUAGGCUAGGACCUCUUGGUGGAAGACCGACAGGAAGUCUCGUCAGAACGGCAUAUGCUCAAACCAUUAGAGAAGAAGAGAAAAAGAUCUAUCUGGAGUUAAAAGAUGGCAAUGUCUACGAAGGUUUCAGCUUCGGUGCUGAACUCAGUGCUGCUGGAGAGCUCGUUUUUCAAACUGGCAUGGUUGGCUAUCCCGAGUCUAUCACAGACCCUUCGUAUCGAGGCCAGCUACUAGUGAUGACUUUCCCUCUUGUUGGUAAUUAUGGUGUUCCUUCCAGGUACGUGAUGGAUGAGGUUUUGAAAGAUCUACCAAAAUAUUUCGAGUCUAGCGAAAUCCAUAUUGCCGGUCUCAUUGUUGCAUCAUAUUGCGGAGAUGAGUUCUCGCACCAUCUGGCACAUUCAUCGCUGGGGAAAUGGCUUCGGGAAAACCAUGUCCCGGCCAUGCAUGGAGUUGACACGAGAGCUUUGACAAGCCACAUCCGUGAAGCCGGCAGCAUGUUAGGUCGAAUGCUUCAUCAGAAGCACGGUGUGAUGAAUGGAUUCCCGAAUAGUGAUCACCUUGCCACAAACUCUCAUAUUCCCGAUGAGAUUGCUUGGAUUUCCGAGACCGAUAUGAUUGAUUGGAUCGAUCCUAAUGUCAGAAACCUUGUUCGUGAUGUCUCGAUCAGUCAGGCUCGACUCAUGUCUCCUCCCAAAGAUACCGCAUUGUACCAUAUAUCUGGUCGGCCUCUUCGAGUGGUUUGUCUGGACGUCGGACUGAAGUAUAACCAAUUACGCUGCCUUCUUAAUCGAGGCGUUGAGGUUCUGGUUGUGCCAUGGGACUACGACUUUACCUCUUUGGCUGGCAAGGGUUAUGAUGGGUUGUUUGUUUCCAACGGGCCAGGAGAUCCUGCUAUGGUAUCUGUGACGGUCAAGCACAUAGCACGAGCCAUCGAAGACGGGAGAACUCCGAUCUUCGGCAUUUGCUUGGGUCAUCAGCUGCUUGCUAGAGCGGCAGGAGCAAAUACACUGAAAAUGAAGUUCGGUAACCGUGGCCACAACAUUCCUUGCACAAAUACUCUCUCUGGAAAAUGUUAUAUCACUUCGCAAAACCAUGGAUAUGCAGUCGACGCUUUGAGCUUACCGAAAGGGUGGGAGGAGCUCUUUGUCAAUGCCAAUGACGGUAGCAAUGAGGGUAUUCGUCACGUCUCCCGGCCGUAUUUCAGUGUCCAGUUUCAUCCGGAAAGCAACCCAGGGCCUCGUGACACCGAAUACCUCUUCGAUGUCUUCAUAGAUGCUAUUCGAUCUUGCGCCAAAUCAGCAGAAGCUCUCUUGCAGCCAGUAGACUUUCCCGGCAGCACUCUUGCAGAGAAUGAACAUGCACAUCCACGUGUUCAAGUGAAGAAAGUCCUCAUUCUCGGUAGUGGUGGAUUGAGCAUCGGUCAAGCAGGUGAAUUUGACUACUCGGGGAGUCAAGCUAUCAAGGCGCUGAGGGAAGAAGGCAUCUACACAAUACUGAUCAACCCCAAUAUCGCGACCAUACAGACUUCGAAAGGCCUUGCAGACAAGGUAUACUUCCUCCCUGUCAAUGCCGAAUUUGUUCGCAAGGUUAUCAAGCACGAGAAGCCCGAUGCCAUCUAUUGCACUUUCGGCGGACAGACCGCCCUCCAGGUUGGAAUACAGCUCAAAGACGAAUUUGCUGAUCUUGGAGUGCGGGUCUUGGGUACGCCAAUCGAUACAAUCAUCACAACAGAGGACCGUGAAUUGUUCGCCAGGAGUAUGGAAAGUAUUGGAGAGAAAUGUGCAAGGUCGGCGUCGGCGUCCAACUUAGACGAAGCCAUGCAUGUCGUUCAGAGCAUUGGGUUUCCAGUGAUUGUUCGAGCUGCCUAUGCGCUUGGAGGUCUUGGUAGUGGCUUUGCAGAUAACAUGGACGAGUUACGGGAGCUCUGCACGAAAGCUUUUGCUGCGAGCCCGCAAGUGCUUAUUGAGCGAAGUAUGAAGGGCUGGAAAGAGAUCGAAUAUGAAGUAGUCCGAGAUGCUCGAGACAAUUGCAUCACUGUUUGCAACAUGGAGAAUUUUGACCCUCUGGGAAUUCAUACUGGCGAUUCCAUUGUCGUCGCUCCGUCCCAAACAUUAUCCGAUGAAGACUACAACAUGCUGAGAACGACCGCUGUCAACGUCAUUCGACAUCUUGGUGUGGUCGGCGAAUGCAACAUUCAAUAUGCCCUCAACCCGUUUUCGAAAGAAUAUUGCAUAAUUGAGGUCAAUGCUAGACUAUCUCGGUCCUCAGCCCUGGCAUCCAAGGCUACAGGCUACCCACUGGCUUUCAUUGCUGCAAAAUUGGGGCUUGGAAUACCCCUGAACCAGAUAUCCAAUUCGGUGACAAAGAAAACUUGUGCUUGUUUUGAGCCGUCCCUCGACUACGUGGUAGUAAAGAUACCUCGAUGGGAUUUGAAAAAAUUCACACGGGUCUCCACACAGCUGGGCUCCUCAAUGAAAAGCGUUGGAGAAGUGAUGGCGAUUGGUAGGACGUUCGAAGAGGCAAUCCAGAAAGCGAUCAGAUCGGUCGAUUUCCAUAAUCUGGGUUUUAGUGAUACCUUUAACGCCUUGAUGUCGAUCGACAGCGAGCUGCAGACUCCCUCUGAUCAGCGAAUGUUUGCUAUUGCAAAUGCCAUGCAUGCCGGGUAUACGGUCGAUCAAAUCUGGGAGCUGACCCAGAUUGACAAGUGGUUUUUGCGGAAAUUGAAAGGUCUUAGCGACUUUGGAAAGAUAAUGACCAAUUAUACUGCCACGACCGUCCCCUCAUCACUGAUCAGACAAGCGAAACAGCUAGGAUUUUCAGAUCGACAGCUUGCGAAAUAUUGGAGUUCAAACGAACUUGCAGUGCGUCGGCUUCGUGCAGAGGCGGGCAUCCGGCCAGUUGUCAAGCAGAUCGACACGGUGGCGGCUGAGUUUCCCGCCUACACCAAUUACCUCUACCUGACAUAUAAUGGCUCAGAAAGCGACAUCGCCUUUAAUGACCAGGGUGUGAUGGUUCUGGGUUCGGGCGUUUACCGGAUUGGUUCGUCGGUCGAGUUCGACUGGUGUUCAGUGCGGGCAAUUCGCACCCUCAGAGAGCAGGGCUAUAAGACAGUGAUGGUCAACUACAACCCAGAGACCGUCAGUACAGAUUACGACGAAGCAGAUCGCCUAUACUUUGAGAACAUCAAUCUCGAAACUGUUCUUGACAUAUACCAGCUCGAAUCUGCCAGCGGAGUUAUCAUAUCGAUGGGUGGCCAGACUCCAAACAACAUUGCACUUCCCCUGCACCGUCUCAACGUCAAGAUUUUAGGCACUUCCCCAGAGAUGAUUGAUACAGCUGAAAACAGAUACAAAUUCUCACGUAUGCUAGACAGAAUCGACGUCGACCAGCCGCUCUGGAAAGAACUCACCGGUGUCGAUGAGGCUGCCGACUUCUGCGCCAAGGUCGGCUAUCCAGUACUUGUUCGACCAUCAUACGUUCUCUCUGGUGCUGCCAUGAACACGGUAUAUUCGCAAGCCGAUUUAGCAAGUUUCCUGAAUCAAGCUUCCGAGGUCUCCAGAGAGCAUCCAGUUGUCAUAACUAAAUACAUCGAAAAUGCCAAAGAAAUCGAGAUGGAUGCAGUAGCUAGAGAUGGUGUCAUGAUGGGCCAUUUCAUCUCUGAGCAUGUUGAAAAUGCUGGAGUGCAUUCUGGUGACGCCACUCUUAUUCUUCCGCCGCAGGAUCUUGAGCCAGAAACCAUUUCUCGGAUAGAAGAAGCUACUCGAAAGAUUGGUAAUGCAUUGAACGUUACAGGACCGUACAAUAUUCAGUUCAUCGCCAAGGAUAACGAGAUCAAGGUCAUCGAGUGCAACGUGCGAGCUUCAAGAUCUUUUCCAUUCAUUUCCAAAGUCAUGGGCGUCGAUCUGAUAGCGAUGGCUACAAAGGUGAUCAUGGGACAGCCAGUUGAGCCCUAUCCUGCAGUCGACAUCCCCAAAGACUACGUUGGCGUCAAAGUCCCACAAUUUUCCUUCUCACGACUCUCUGGCGCUGAUCCUGUUCUUGGUGUUGAGAUGGCAUCCACUGGCGAAGUCGCUUGCUUUGGGCGGAAUAGGUAUGAAGCCUAUAUCAAAGCGCUCAUCUCUACCGGCUUCCGCCUGCCUAAGAAGAAUAUCCUGCUCUCUAUUGGAUCCUUUAAGGACAAAGCAGAAAUGCUUCCUUCGAUUGCUAAGCUGCAUCAAAUGGGGUACAACUUGUUUGCCACAGCCGGUACUGCUGAUUACCUACAAGAACAUGGAUUGCCCGUCAAAUAUUUGGAGGUUCUGGCGGAGCAAGAGAAAGACCAGAAAUCGGAAUAUUCCUUGACCCAGCAUCUUGCGAACAACUAUAUUGAUCUUUAUAUCAAUCUCCCAUCAAGCAACCGCUUCCGAAGGCCUGCAAAUUACAUGAGUAAAGGUUACCGUACACGGCGCAUGGCUGUGGACUACCAGACUCCGCUAAUAACCAACGUCAAGAAUGCAAAACUCUUGAUUGAAGCUAUUGCACGCCAUUACGACUUGGCAAUACAGAGCAUUGAUUAUAAGACCAGCCAUCGCACGAUUACCCUACCAGGCCUGGUUAACAUUGCGGCAUUCGUUCCAGGUAUUGCAACUCCUGGAUCACACGAUUUCGAGAUGGUGACCAAAGCUUCCAUUGCAGCAGGGUUCAGCAUGAUCAGGAUAAUGCCGCUGGGCUUUGACAGUUGGGUCACAGAUGCCCGGUCAUUGAAAGUGGCACAGCAUAAUUCUCUUGUCGGUGCUUACUGUGACUACAAUUUUGCGGUCGCAGCAACCCACACAAAUGCUGAUCAGAUUCAACAUGUCACGGCGGAUGUUGGCUCUCUGUUUCUUCCUUUUAAUCAUCCCUCUGGAAGUAUCAAUAAGGUUGCUACAGUUAUAGCACACUUUGCAGUAUGGCCUGCUCACAAGCCGAUCAUGACAGAUGCGAAAACCACUGACCUCGCUUCAAUCUUGCUGCUUGCUAGUCUACAUGAUCGCAAACUACAUGUCAUGAGCGUCACAACCAAGGAUGACAUCAAGCUGAUUGCUUUGAGUAAAGAGAAGGGCCUGAAAGUCACAUGCGACGUAUCGAUCUACUGCCUCUUCCUAUCACAAGCUGAAUUCCCGGAAUGUACGGCAUUACCAACAGCUGAUGAUCAGAGAGCCCUCUGGAACCACUUGAGCGCCAUCGAUGUAUUCUCCAUUGGCAGCUUGCCGUACCAGCUGGCUGGAGAAGAGGCAGUUCCAACGGUCGGCAUAGCUGAUGCUCUACCAUUGCUGUUUACUGCCGUCGCAGAGGGUCGUUUGACUGUGGAAGAUGUAAGAAGAAGACUUCAUGACAAUCCAACAGAGAUCUUCGAAUUACACGAACAGCAUGAAACAACUGUUGAGAUCGACGUUGAUCGGCCCUAUGUUCUCCAGGCGGGUCCCGUGUGGUCACCAUUUAGUGGCAAAACCAUGAGAGGAGCAGUUUCGCGGGUCACUUUCGAUGGCUCUACAGCAUGCUUAGACGGUGAGCUCAUGGCGGUACCACCUAAAGGCAUGGACAUGUCAGCGCAUUCUCUCCAUCCCCAUUCCCACUCGCCCGAGGCUAGGGCUAUGUCACCUGCACCAUCUUCACGGUUGGAUGGCUUGGCUGAUCGCCGUGGUUCUGUGCUGGAUGCCAGUAUGGCUGGACGUCCUUCGAUGUUGAGUCCUGUGGUGCGGCCAUCUACAAAGAAUCGUAACCUCGACCACCUUCCUGACUCCAGUUUCAACAAUAUUCCUUCGACAAUGCUUCCUCAGCCAGCGCUCCCUUCGGCUCUUUCGCCAUCCUUACUCUCCCUGCUUGCUACCUCACCAUUCAAGAACCGGCAUGUUCUUUCCGUGUCACAAUACAGCCGCCAAGAACUUCAUCUACUUUUCACUGUUGCCCAAGAGAUGCGGAUCGGUGCCCAGCGUUUCGGCAUAAUCCCCAUUCUGGCAUCACGGGUGCUAUGUACUAUCUUCUACGAACCCAGCACCCGCACAUCCGCGUCCUUCGACACAGCCAUGCAACGUCUUGGCGGUCGCACCGUCGUGAUCAACCCCGAUUAUAGUAGCACCCAAAAGGGCGAAUCACUACAAGACACGAUCCGAACACUAGGCUGUUAUAGCGAUGCCAUUGUCCUGCGCCACCCAGAUAACAACUCCGCUGCCAUCGCCGCCAAAUACUCCCCAGUCCCUAUCAUCAACGGCGGCAACGGCAGCCUUGAGCACCCUACGCAAGCCUUUUUGGAUCUGUUCACCAUCCGUGAAGAAUUGGGAAGCGUCAGCAACAUCACCGUUACAUUCCUUGGUGACUUGAAAUACGGCCGCACCGUCCACUCUCUGAUCAAAUUACUUCAAUACUACGAAGUGAAAAUCAACCUCGUUUCCCCAGCUGACUUAUCUCUACCUACGGAGACCCGGGACCAGAUCCACAAAUCCCGCCAGCUGGGUGUCGAGAGCGAGAAGCUCACUCCGGAGAUCAUCGCCCGCUCGGAUGUGCUGUACUGUACCCGGGUCCAGAAGGAGCGAUUUCCCAGCCUGGACGAGUACGAGCGGUUAAAGGAUGCUUUUGUGGUGGAUAACAGUGUGCUGAAGUAUGCGAAGAGUGCGAUGGUGCUGAUGCAUCCGUUGCCGCGGAAUAUGGAGAUUAGUGAGGAGGUGGACUUUGAUCAGCGGGCGGCUUACUUUAGGCAGGAGGGCUUGGCCAAGACUAGCGGUCACUUCUACCAGUUCUACCGGAGACCUCCAUGGACUUAUAUGGUAUGGUAUUGCAUUCAGGCUACCUCGCUGUACGGCAUCCUCGCCGGCGCACUAUUCGGUAUUGAAGCCUCUUUCUCGUCCUUGUGCAUCUUGAGGUCGAUAUGGUAUCGGUACUGCAUUAUGGAGACCUCCUGCACCCCUCGUCCGCCGUAG